UUUUUCUGAACUUGCAUGUAUAUAUCAUUCACUGCUUGAAAUUUCAUGUUAACUACAUAUUCACAAUAAUUUUACCAAAAAAUAUUUUUAAGAUAACUUUUACCUGAACAGUUUAUUGAUUGAUCUCAACCAUGACUUUGCUCUUCUAGGUUAAUGAUUAUACAGUAACUGACAGUAUAUGAUUGUGGCACACUGAGUGAUCACUCACUCUAUCGGUGGCAAUUAUGAGAUUCAUAGUCGGUUUUCUUUUCUUACUCACUGUGUUCGGCCCUACAAAGUGUGGGAAUAUUUUAGUUUGGUUUACUGAAGGCAGUCACUGGAUCAAUCUGAAGAUCGUGUUGGAAACAUUGACUGACAGGGGACACGAUGUCACAGUGCUGGUGCCAAAUGCCUCUCUCUUCAUGCAUGCCGAUGAAUCAGACCGCUUCACCUACCAGCCCUUCAGUGUGUCUAUGUCUGCGCAGGACAUGCAAGACUCCUUUGAGGAUUUUUUACAUUUCUCAAUGUAUGAGAUGGAUCAGUUAAACUUGCUGCAAAUUCAUAUCAGAUUCUACCAGCUUGCCUCCAGAGAUCAAGAUUUGUGUCUUGCAUACUGUGAUGGUGCUCUGAAAUCUCCAGAGUUGAUGGACAAAUUGCAGCGCGGGAAAUUUGACGUCAUGCUGGCCGAUCCAAUCUUUCCAUGCAGUGAGGCAUUAGCUGAAAAGCUGGGCAUUCCCUUAGUGUACACAUUACGAUUCUCCAUUGCUCACACUGUAGAGCGGAUGUGUGGUCAGAUACCAGCUCCGCCAUCAUAUGUUCCUGGAGCCAUGAGUAAACUCACUGACAAGAUGAGCUUCACAGAGCGAAUCAUCAAUAUGCUCUUCUACCUUUCUCAAGAUGCUUUGGCCAUUAGUCUGUGGAAAAAAAUUGACAACUACUACACUGAAUAUUUUGGACGGCCCACUUCCUAUUGUGAGAUGAUGGGUAAAGCUGAUAUCUGGUUAAUCAGAACCUACUGGGAUUUUGAGUUUCCACGGCCAUUCCUGCCCAACUUCAAAUUCAUUGGAGGGCUUCACUGCACCCCUGCCAAGCCAUUACCCAAGGAUCUAGAGGAGUUUGUGCAGAGCUCAGGGAAUGAUGGGAUUGUGGUCUUCACUCUGGGGUCCAUGGUAAACAACAUAACCAAAGAGAGGAGCAAUACGAUCGCCUCUGCACUGGCACAGAUCCCACAGAAGGUCUUGUGGCGAUACGCCGGAGACAAGCCAGAUACUCUGGGUGAAAACACCAGAAUAUACGAAUGGAUCCCUCAGAAUGAUUUAUUGGGCCACCCCAAAACCAGAGCAUUUAUCACUCAUGGGGGCACCAAUGGCAUAUAUGAGGCCAUAUAUCAUGGUGUGCCGAUGGUCGGGAUCCCCUUGUUUGGUGACCAGCCAGAUAAUUUGGCUCAUAUGAAGGCCAAGGGUGCUGCUGUUGUCAUGGACUUCAACAGUAUGCAGAUUCAAGACCUGGUGGAUGGACUCAAUGCCGUCAUUAACAACCCCUCGUAUAAAGAGAACGCUAUGCAUUUGUCCAGGAUUCAUCAUGACAGACCAAUGAAGCCUUUGGAUGAGUCUGUGUUCUGGAUUGAGUUUGUCAUGCGCAAUAAAGGUGCUAAACACCUGCGUGUAGAAGCGCACAACCUUACCUGGUACCAGUACCACUGUCUGGAUGUGUUCGCUUUUCUGUUCACCAUCCUGACUGUAGUCCUCUAUGUCUUCUUUAAAAUGUUCAAAUUCUUCAUAAUGCGUUGCUGUUUUAGAUCAAAGCGGAAAAGCAAAAGAAAAAACGAGUGAUUGAUUUUGACUGAUAAAAAAAAAUACAGCUCAUAAUCCAGAUGCUUAAUUUCAAUGAAGAAAAAGUAAAACCGGGACAUCUGGACCAUAUUACCUUAAAGUGUGUACCUUUUAUCAAAGCAGUUUGCUGAUUUAUGAAAACCUUAGCACUUUACAUGACUCAUUUAUUGGUUAAAGUUUGUAUACUUGCAUGGUAAACAAUUUUACCUGGCAGAAUAUGGUUGAAGAGCAUCAAGUGAUCUCAAUUGCUGGUAAUAAUGAGACUCACAAUCUGUGUUCAUCUACUUGCUGAAUUCAGCCCAAGAGAAUGUGAGAAUAUUUUAGUUUUCCCUACUAGAGGCAGUCAAUGGAUCAAUCUGAAGAUCAUGUUGGAAAUGUUGAUUGACAGGAGGCACAAUGUAACAGUGCUUGUGCAAGAUCCUUCAUCCUUCAUGGAUACCAAAGAAUCAAUUUGCUUCUCCUGCCAGCACAGGACAUUGCAAGACUUCUUUGAUGAACUUUAGCAUUUCUCAGUGUAUGAGAACGAUCAGCCAAACCUGUUGCAGAUUAAAAUGAAAUUCUAAGAGUUUGCUUCUGCUGUGAAGGACAAAUUGUGAAACUGAAAGUUUGAUGGUGUUCUGACAGAUCCAAUCCCAUUGUUAACUGCUCACUAGAGAAAAAGACUAUCAAUUUGGAUUUCUGUCUGUUCCUUACACAAAGUUAUCAUAUGAUUUUAGUAAACUUGGAAUAUAGUGCAUAA